AUGGAUGGUGAUAAUGAUGAUUCAAGUACAUCAAGUAAUAAUGAUGAUAUUAAAAAAAUAUUGGAUACAAUCAAAAGUGAAAUAUCAACACAAAAUGCAAGUGAAUCAAACGCAACUAGCGAUAAUGAUGAAGUAUUUAAUAUUGAUAUAUUAAAACAAGUAUUUAGUACUGAUCAAAAUAAUAUUGAAGCAGAAGACACUGAAUUAUUUACGGAUAUAAUUGCAUUUUUAGAUGAUAAUAAUAAAACAAAUGACAAACAAGAUUGUAUUGAUCAAUCAUCAAUAUCGACAAAAUCAUUUGACAAUGAGAUAAUACAACAAAAUGAUAAUCAAUCUGAUGAAAGUAUUUCUGAAAGAUUACAUUAUAAUUCAUAUGAUGAUGAUAAUGAUGAUGAUGAUAGUGAUGAACAUGAACAUCCAGUGGUGAUACAACAACCAGUUACAGAAAAGCCAAAAUUAAAAAACAUACAACAAACAACAAUUAUUGACGACAGCAAUAACAAUAGUAUACAACAGAAACAAUCGAAAUCUACGAAAAAACAAUCGAUACAAUGUAAAAGACUAAUUCAAAGUACACGAAUUGAUGAUUGUGAUGAAAAUUUAACAUCGAAUCCAAUAAGUUUAGGGUCAACAUCUAGUUUAUUAUUACGUAAUAAAUAUGAAUAUGCACCAGAAUAUCAGCCAUAUGAACAUAAUUCAAUUCAAAAAGAAUUAAAACAGCAAAAACAACGGCUAAUACAACAACAACAGCAACAGCAACAACAAGAACAGUCAAAAACAAUACCAAUAUAUACAACAAAAUCUGUAAAUUCAGAUAUAAUAAAAACAGUAACAAAUACAUUAUGUGAUCUAAAAGUAAUUAGUGAAUCAUUACAUUUAUCAUCAGAUAUUGAACAUCAAUUGAAUAAACUAUGCCAUCAUGAACAUGCCAUGAAUACAAAUCUUUUCAAUUUCAAUCAAUGUCAAUGCAUAUUUAAAGAAUAUCCAAAUAUUACUGAUAAUAAUGAUAAUAAUAAUAAUAAUAGUAGUAAUGAUAAUAUAAAACAGCCAACAAUUAAGUCAUCUUCGUCAUUAUCAUCACAGCAGAGCGAUGAUCGAAAUAACAAAAAACAAUAUUUAGAAGAUUUAACGAAAAGUCUUGUUGAUUCAGAAACAUAUUUUCAAAAAUGUUUAACAGAAUUAUAUAAUUGUGCUGCAAAGGUUGUUGCGCAUAAGAAUGAUUUUAAUACAGCAGCAACGACACCAACCUCAACGUGUGUUCAAGAAAUUACAAAAUUACCAACAUCGAAUGAUGCUAAGAAAGAUGACUGUAUUAAAUUUGAUGAAAAAAAUACAUUAUCACUAACUGAUAAUACGAAUAUUAAACAAUUUGACAAUAUUAUCAAUAUUGUUGGUAACAAUAGUACCUUAAACGAUACAUUAUCAGAGGAAAAAGUCAAAGAAAUUGAAAAAUCAAUGAAAGAACUUGAUAAAAAUCGUGUACUAUGUACAGAUCUCAAAUUAAAUCGUGAAUACAAAGAUGAUUUAAUGAGUUUAAUUGAUAAAUUAAAAUUCUUGGCAUCAUAUAAAAAGAAAGUAGCGUUACGUCCAAAACUUGUGACACAAAUGGAAUUUGAUUCAUCAUCAUUUAUAACAUCAAAUCAACAGCAAACACAGCCCCAACAUCAACAUCAGCAUGAAUAUCGUCAUGAAAUUAAAGAUAGUGUACAGAAGGUUGUUGAAUGGAAACGUAUUACAAAUAAUUAUAUUAAUACUGAUAUCAGCGCUGAGAUUAAAAUAAAAAAACCCCGUGGCGAUGGAAAUACUAGUAUCAAUAAUAGUAUUACGUAUGAUGAAAAAUCUUCAACGAAUGAAAAGAAAAAGGAGAGAGUAACAAAGCAUAAAAUCAAAACCAAAAAAGAUGAUUUAAUAAAUAAACGUGACGAUAAUAAAAAUUAUCAACCAUUAUCCUCACGCUCAUCAAAACUUGUUGAUAAAUUUAAUAAAGAACAAAACGAUUUAUCACCAACACAAAAUUCCGAUUAUCAACAAAAAAUUAAAUCAUUUAAAAUCAAUCAUAGAAAAACAAAACCACUACUAGACGAUGACGAAACACGAUUACUAAGUCAAGUAACACCAUCGGCAAUUGCACCAUUCUCUGCUGAAUAUUCAAAACAAAGACGUAUCAAACAAAAAACCGUGAAUGAUAAAAAAUUAAAAAAUGAUAAUCAAGAUGAUGCAAGUAUUCAAAAUGAAGAUCAUAACGAUAAUGAAAACAAACAUAUUACUUUAUCCGAUGUACAAUAUUUACAAAAUUUAAUAACAGAUCCAAAUGCACGAUUCAAAACAACAAUGACUAUAAUGCCAGUAACUGUUAAAAAAUCACCAAUACGAACUUAUAUACGUGGUGGAAGCGUUAGUAAUCGUACACUUUAUAAUGAAAAUGAAAUAACAAAAUAUAAUGAUAAUAGAACAGUAAUCGAUAAUAAAUAUAAAGAAAAACCUGAGAAGCCGUUAGAAAAAGUAACAAAUGAAAAGAAAAAUUUAUUUAUAAAUAACACAUACACAAAUUUAAUAGAUACGAAUAACAAAAAUGCUCAAGAUAUUUGUGUAAAAGAAAAUGAAUUAUCAUCAUCAAAUCAAUCAAGUCCAAAAUUAAACAAUAGUAAAUUAGAAACACAAAAACGAAAUGCGUUAAUAAAAGAACAAUUAAAAAUGGAAAAUAAACCACAAAAUAAUAAUAAUAUUGGAAACGGAAUAGUAUCAACACGACGUUUUGAGAGUUUGGCAAUGCCAAAAAAAUAUUACAUCCAAGCACAACGUCAAGAAUAUAAACAUCGUUUAGGACCACAAUUUGAAAAUCGUAUGAGUACAAUUAUUAAUAAAAAUAUUAAAUCACCAUCAACAAAUUUAGUAAAUAAUGUUUUAAAUAAAUUAGAUGAGAUUAUUGAUGGUGAUAAUAUACCAUAUAAUAAGAAAGAUAAAUCAAUUAUAGAUAUACCAAGUCCUAUUGAAGAGGAAAAUCUAUAUAGUAGUAGUACAGUUUCAAAAUUUUCCGGUACAAAUGCUAAUAAUAAUGCAACAAUUAGUACAACAAUUGUAACCGGUAUUUUAAAAAAUUUAUUAACAAGUGUUAUACAACAUGAACCGUUAAAUUGUAAAAAAUUUAAUGGUGUUAAUUCAUUAGAGAAUUUUCGUAAUUUAUUAUAUGAGAAUUGUUCAUCAAGUACAUUGUUUCGAAAAUUAGAUGAAAUACUAUCAUACGAUUCGAUUAGUCAUUGGACAAUGAAUUCUGAUACAACAAUGUCUUCAUUGUUAAGUUCAAUCGAUGAUCUAUCGAAUGUGAUUAUACGACAUAAAUAUUUAUUAUUUGGUGUAAGAUUUGAAACAUACUUUACAAUUGCAAUAUAUAAUACAAAGGUUUAUUAUUUAUCAACGAUUAUUUAUUCAACAAUAUACGAAGAUUGUGUGACACAACAUCCUCUUGAAUUAAUGGGUUUUAUAAAUGAAGUGACUUCGUCUGUGCGUACAUUACCAGUGCCAUCACUGACACCAGACAAAGAUUAUGUAGAUUUUUUAGACAGGCCAAUUAUAUUUCAUCGAUACAACGUUUUGUAUUUUCGAAGUGUUGUUUUAUUUAGUUCAAUGGUAUUUUUACCGUUGGUAUUCGAUGUUUUUACAUUAUGGGAUACGAUUGAUCUAGUAGAGAACGUGAAACCAUUAAUGAGUUUAUCAAACCAUGCCUCAAGUGAUAAUAAUGAUGAAUGCGUAGUUUUGAAAUCAGAUAAACAAAUAACAGUUCAACAAAGAAAUACCGGAUCAAUUGUAUACAACAAUGAAAUAACGGAUAUUAUAACAAUUGCAUAUAAAGAUAUGCCUUUAUUAGUUUUGUAUAGUUUUUUGUUUGUAUGCGUUUUUAGUUGUCUUGUUGUACAUCCUGUAUGUUUAUAA